AUGCGCCAUGACUAUGAGGCGCAGGAAAAGGUCAAGUACAUCACAUCACCUGUUUGGGGGGCCAUCUUCCUCGACCUCACCUUCCUUUAUUACCUAGAUAUAGUCUCCGAUCCAGAUGACGCCGAAAAGGAACGGGCAAGAGAACAUCGUCGCAGAACCCCGGUCGGCCUCGUUGGCGUCGGAUGUGCCACUCACUGCCUCGAUGAAGUUCGUCGCGGCCUCGGCUGGGCGGAGCAAAUCUCCCCUGAGACUUGCACCCAGGAUCUUGAUAAAGGAGUGCGAAAUGCUUUAUUGUACGAGUCGCAUGGAAUCCUUAUCUACGUUUUGGCCGAGGAAAACGCUCCUGUGAACAGGAUUACUCCCCAAUACUUGUUUUUUAUGGACUCUUUGCCUCUUUGA